AAUAAAGAAGAAAUUAUAAAAGCCUCAAUCAAUUUAAUUUGGAAAGCAUCAGGUAGAGAAGUUACUACAGUUACUUUCAGUGACCCACUACGAUCAGCAAAAAUUGCUUUUGAUAAUGGCACUAAUAUUACUGUAAAUUUGGAUCUGCCAGGUGUAGUUAUUAUAAAAGAAGAAACUUUUAGAAAGAUUAUAACUGAAUUUUCUGAAAAAGAUCCUGUUAUAAUUGAUGAAAAAGGAAUUCAAGAUAGUGAUGAAUCUGAAGAAACGGAUGAACUAAUACAUGAUGUUCAAAUCAACGAAAAUGAUAUAUUAAAUUCGGAUCAUGAAAAUACGAAUAGUAUCGGUUAUAAAACUAUUGCAAAAACAGUCCAACAAACAGAGCUUCAACAGAUAAAUAACUUUUUUAAAAGUUCGAAAAGAAUUGAGAAAGAUCAACAUAAAAAUAACAACCAUUCUAAUGAGAACCAGCAAAGAGAAAACAUGCCUGAAAAUAUCGAGGAAACAGAUGAAUCUCUGAUCAGUAAUCUGCAGUCGGUCAAUGUAAUUGGACAAAUGGCAAAAAAUACCACACAAGCCGAUAUCAUUGAUUCUAAUCAAGAUAAUAAUAACUAUGAAAAAGACCUUGAUAGGCCACAUCCUCUUAUGCGAUGGUCACAUGAUUUAUUUCAGCAUCCACCA